AUGCGUCCCUAUACGACUUAUUUGGUGACUCUGUAUCCGUUGAAAGUGGAACUGCGUCGUCGCUACAGCGAGUUCGACAAUUUGCGCGAGAUCCUUCUUCGCCGCUAUCCUGCAAUGCUGCUGAAUCCUCUCCCUCCGAAGAAGGCCGUGAACAACACCAGCGAAGAGACGGUCUUGCUGCGAAUGAAGAGCCUCGAGAAGUGGCUGAAUGACGCGGUGGCCAUUCCCUACAUCCGCAUGGAUGUGACCUUCCGUGACUUUAUCAGCGCGCAGUCCAUCAACUGGGGCCGCUUCCCGGAGAAGGAUUCGCUGAAUCUGCACAACGUCGAGGUGAAGAGCAAGAAGGGGAGCGUGCAGAACGAGGGAUUCGAGAAGUAUCAGGAGUACAUGCAGCACAUCAAGUGUCCGGAGGAUGUCGAGGCCUCGCUGAAGACGUUCAAGGAGCAAGUGGAAUCGCUGGUGGCGGUGACGCGGAAGACAGUGGAGUCGAUCCAGACGAUGAUCGCGCGGCAGAAUGCCUUUACCCAGUCCAUCGACGUCAUGUCGACGAACAUGAAGGAGUUGCUGGAAACCACCAAGAAUAUGAACUACCAGAGCUUGAAGGUGGACGACAAGAUGAUGCAGGACAACGAGGUCAUCGGAAAGAUCCUGGAGUCCACGUCCAAGGCCUGCGAUUCGUGGUUCUUCGCCGCCGACUUCAUUCCGAAUCGCGGUGGUCGCGCUCUGGGCGACGAAAUGGAGUUCGUGCUGCUGCAGACGGAGGGACUGCAGGAGCUGUUCGACCGUCGCUGGCAGUAUCUUAACCGCUACGUGGACAUCUGGCACAAGAAGGACGCCGCGCUCUUCGAGGUGCACGUGAACAAGCGCAAGGGAAACAAGGCGAAGAUGGAGAAGGCGCAGGCCGUGGUGGACGAGAUCGAGCAUCAAGUGCGUCACAGCAAGAAGCUGCUCACGCGCUUCACGAAGCUGCUGCUCAGCGUGGAGCUGAAGAUGUACGUGCAGAAGCAGUCGGUGGCCAUCCUCACCGCCUUCUCCAAGUACGCAGCCUGCUCGCACGUCUCGUAUCAGGAGCAGCUGCCCGUGUGGGAGGUGCUGGGCCGCGAGAUCUACACGGAGUACGAGAAGCUGUACAACAACUACAAAGAGGAGUUCGAGAAGUUGCGACAGCUGGGAGAUGAGGACGACGAUAUCGAAGAGCUGGAUUCUUCCGAGUCCGAUAAGGAGGAGGAGGAGGCUGCAAAGAAAAAGCCGAAGUUGGGAUUGUUUGGUAGAAAGGAGAAGAAGGAGGAAAAGGAGGAGGAAAAGAAGAAGAAGAAGAACGACGACGAUGACGAUGACGACGACGUUUCUAGCAUUUCCGAGGUGGACUCCAGCGUGUCAGACGUUGAUAGCAUUUCGAGCGAUGUGGAUGAAAUCAGCGAUUCUGACAGCGAGUCGGAUCUUUAAGCAUGCUUUCUCUACUUGAUUUGUUUGCAU